CUCGGCUUUGCAGACAGCAGGCCCAGUACCCCAGCUCUAAAAGGCCCCCAGAGCCCCGAGAUGCUACAGCUGCUCUGGCUGCUGCUCCUGCUCAGGGAAGGGUCCCCUCAGGAGCAACCAGGGUACUGGCUGAAGAGCCAGAAGGAGGUCAUAGUGCAGGAGGGCCUGUGCACGCUCGUGUCCUGUGCCUUCCAGUACCCCAGGCAAGGGUGGAACUCCUCCAGCCCCACGUAUGGCUACUGGUACCGGAGCAAAGAGAACACGCUCGUGGCCACAAACAAGCUAAAGAAGAAAGUUAAGGACACCGAACCCCACUUUCAGCUCAUCGGGGACCCUGGGGAUAACAAUUGCUCCUUGAGCAUCUCUGGUGCCCAGAAGAGGAACAGAGGACAGUACUAUUUUCGCCUUGAGAGGGGAGAUGUGAGAUACAGUUACAGAGAGUCUAUGCUCACUGUGAUUGUCACAGAGCUGACCCUGACUCCAGACAUCCACAUCCGGGAGCCCCUGCAGUCUGGCCACCUCGGCUAUCUAAAGUGUUCCAUGCCUGGGGCCUGCAAGCCCCACAUCUCCUGGUUCUGGGAUGCCCCGAGGGGCCCAGGGCAAAGCUUCAACGCUGCAGAGAUUCAGCUCCUUCCCCGCCCCGAGGAUCAUGGCACCCACCUCACCUGCAGGAUGUCGUUCUCCAGGGAUUCUGGGACUAAUGUGUCCACAGAGAGGACCAUCCAGCUCAAUGUGUCCUACACUCCUCGGAUGGUCACCAUCAGUGUCCACAGGGCCCCAAGAGCAGGUGACACAGACCUAGAGCCUCUAGGAAACAUUUCACAUGUGGAAGUCCAUCAAGGCGAGGCCCUGCAGUUCCUUUGUACUGCUGACAGUGAGCCCCCCGCCACCAUGAGCUGGGUCCUGGAGGACCGAGUUCUCAUGUGGUCCAGGCCUUUGGGAUCCAGAACCCUGACGCUGGAACUGCCUGAGGUGAAGGCUGGGGACUCAGGACGCUACACCUGCCAAGCAGAGAACAGGCUGGGCUCCCAACAGGGCACGCUGGCCCUCUCUGUGCUAUAUGCUCCAGAGGACCUGAGAGUGACAGUUUUCCAAGCAAAUCAGACAGUGCUGGAAAUCCUCAGGAAUGACACAUCCCUUCCAGUCUUGGAGGGCCAAAGCCUACGCCUGGUCUGUGUCACCCACAGCAACCCUCCAGCCAGGCUGAACUGGACCUGGGAGUCACAAACUCUGAGCCCCACCCUUUCUGCAGACCCUGGGAUCCUUGAUCUGCCUCUGGUCCAGUGGGAGCACAGAGGGAAUUUCACCUGCUGUGCGCAGAACCUGCUGGGUGUCCAGAGCAUCUCUCUGAGCAUCUCUGUGCACUACCCACCACAGAUGCCAGCACCCUCCUGUUCCUGGGAGGCUGAGGGUCUACUCUGCAGCUGCUCCUCCAGAGCCUGGCCCACGCCCUCCCUGCACUGGCAGCUGGGGAACAGUCUGCUGGAGGGGAACAGCAGCAAUGACUCCAUCACAGUCACCUCCAACACCAUGGGACUUUGGGCCAACAGCUCCCUGCACCUCCACAGGAGGCUCAGCACCAGCUUUGCGCUCAGCUGUGUGGCCCUGAAUGCCCAUGGAGCUCAGAGCACCACUGUGCUGCUCCUGCCAGGGAUGGCAGUGUGUCCAGCAUCCAUUCUGGCUGCUGUGGGGGUAUCUGCGGUGGUGGCCGUGUUGUUCCUGGGUGCCUGCCUUGUCUUCUGCAGGCUGAAAGCCUGCAGGGAGCCUGCCUCCAGCUCAACCACCACUGGGAAGGAUGCGCCCUCAGCCACAGAGCCUGUCUGCACAAAACCCCUCACUGUAUCUGGGUCGGAGAGCAAUGCAAUCUACCAGUCCCCUCUCAUGCCCAUGUCCAGCCCAGGGGAGGAGACAGAACUCCUAUAUGCCUCCCUGAGCUUUGAGAGACUGAGACCCCGGGAGCUUCAGUUCUGUGAGGAGACGGACACUACCGAGUAUGCAGAGAUCAAGGUCCACCAGUGAACCUCCAGGAAUGCCAGGGCUUCCAUGUGGAGGGAGACAUCUUGAAAGAGGCUAUGUCAGCUCAUCUCCAUGGAAACAGGACACCACCUAGGAUAGGGCAGUCUGUGAUGGUGUGAUGCAGAGUGGGCUCCAGUUUCUGCCCAUCUUUGAGCAAGUUCCUACAUUCCUCGCUCUCCUGACAGUAGCAUAGUCCCACAAACUGUGGCGUGAACUCUCCACUGUGGAGCGUCCAGGGCUGUGUCUAGAGAGGGCAACGCACUCCCUCACCUCUUCCCAGGGAUGCCAUGAGAUGUGGAGUCCAGCAGUCUGACCCUGUGGCCAACUGGAGUCCCUGAGCAGUUGGUUGCAUCUUCAAAGUGUCCAAAGGCUCAGCUGAGGCUGGCACUGGGUUAAGGUCAUGUGGUGGUUUGAUUCAGGUGUCCCCCAUAAACUUAGGUGUUGUGAAUGUUAGGUUCCCAACUGAUGGAUAUUUGGGAAUUAAUGCCUCCUGGAGGGAGUGUAUUGUUUGGG